GGGUUCAUGGUCAUCCGAAAGGUGCCGUUAGGAGGCACCGCCACUUUUGGUUACCAUGGCAAUAGAUGGUCGCGGCUUUGUGAUCCUAAUGAACCAGUUAGCCAUUGAAAUAAUGGCAAGACGAACCUCGCUACCUCAGCUGCCACGUGACCCGGACAAAGGCCGAAAGUCGUCAUCUAUUGGUCACCUGAGAUCGUUGACAGCAAUGACAGACUCUGACGAGGACGAUUCCAGCGGUAAUGACGUGUGUGUGAAAUGUAACCGACGGAAGGUGGCAAUUAGCGACAGUGAUGAACGAGUAAAUGGAAACUGUUUGCCAGUGGAGACCACGACAGAUGACAAAAUGGCGUUCAGUGCUGCGAUAGUAGUAGGUGGAGGUGGUGGUGGUGGUGGAAUUCUGAAGAACCGAAAUCGAGUAAAUCUAGACAAUGUAGAAUUACAGGAAGUAUGUAGAUGUCCAAGUAAUGGAAGUCAAAAAUAUAAAAACCGCGAAACUGUGAUACUUAAUGUCGGUGGUCAAGUGUUCGAGACGCUCAAAACCACACUUAAAAGGUUAAAAACAUGCAAAUUAGCUCGAGACAGUGAAAUGAUGAAGCAUUACAGGGAAAAUAAAGGCGACUUCUUCUUCGACAGGGAUCCUCAAGCCUUCAGUGUGAUACUUAAUUACCUACGGACAGGAGAGCUUCACUUACCGACAUACUUGUGCGGUCCCGCUCUCCAAAGAGAGUUUGAAUAUUGGGGGGUACAGGAAAUGGACAUCGAACGGUGUUGUUGGCAACCAUACAACACGUGGAAAACGCAAAAUCAAUCAUUAGAAAAACUAGAAUAUGACCGGAAGCGAUCAACAACCCUUAAAGAACUUGAGGAAGACCGGAAAAGCUCAAGCUGCUGGAAGAGGAGUCGUGCUAAAGCUUGGAACUUUCUUCAAGACCCGAACUCUUCCUGUUGCGCUAAGAUAUACGCCUGGAUCUCCAUCGUGUUUGUGUUUAUGUCGAUAUUUUCGUUCUGUGCGGAAACCCACCCAGACUUUCAGGUCCAUCCAUCUACUACCCAGGGCUACGAGGACCUGUACAAUCUAUUUGCUCUGAAAGACAAACUCAUGAUUGACGUAACGGAUUCGUCCGAUGCCGUGGGUUUCUCUAACGUCAGUCUAAGCGUCGAUAACACCACGCUGUCGGGAGACGACGAGGAGGUUUUGAACACCGUUCCACACCCAGCUCUCCUCAUCAUCGACCUUAUCUGCGUUACUUUUUUCACGCUUGAGUUUGUCACUAGAUUUGUUUUCUGUCCAAGGAAGGUCCAGUUUAUCACUGCCUUACAAAACAUCAUAGAUUUUGUAGCAAUUGUCCCAGACUAUAUCGAGUUUGUCAUCCACGCAUUCCAUCCUUCAGGAUCUGAAUUGCCUUUUAUGGAUUUUAUUGUCAUUUUGCGCAUGCUCAGGUUAUGUCGGAUCUUCCGGUUGAUCCGCCAUGUGCCUGGGUUGUGGAUUUUACUGUACACACUUAAAGCCAGCUUCAACGAAUUAUUGCUCAUGUUCGUUUUCUUGUUAAUAGGAAUGGUUGUGUUUGCCUCGUUGAUUCAUUUUGCAGAAGGUAAAAAGGGGUUUGAUAACAUUCCUAUCGGAUUUUGGUGGAGUGUUGUCACUAUGACAACAGUAGGUUAUGGAGAUAUGCACCCCACGACAGCGUUUGGUUAUAUAAUAGGAUCCCUGUGUGCCAUUUCCGGUUUGCUCAUGAUUGCAUUCACCGUCCCAAUCAUCGUCAGUAACUUUGUAUUGUACUAUACGCAUGUGCAGUACGGAAUCGUGCGACAUGAGCGCGAGAAGUCGAAACUACUGGAUUUUAAUUCUGACGACGAGGAGUGUAGUGUAGAAUACUCAGAAAAAGCGGAAAAUAAAAAAACUGACCAUAGACCGUUUCUCAAAAGCAAAAGGGACCGAAGUCCGACUGACAAAGAUCUGCCAGUGCCUGAACUAAGCAGUUCCAAGUCAACGGAUGGUAAUUUUAAUAAGCUAUGAGAAUAUACUGUAGAUAGUGUACCGUCCGUUCAGCAAAAAGGGGCGUCUAGGUCUCUAGUUACGAAUAAUAACUUUUUUCUCAAGUUUGUUAACGAAACAAUAUCUGAUUGCCUUUUGUUAAGCAUCACAGUAAUACUGUUUUCGAUUAUAAUGACUUCGGAUAAGACUUUGUUUCCUUUCGUUAUCCAAUAUCUUCGUUAAUCCAUUCCAUGAUGAUUCCUCGUUGCCUAUGACACUACGCCUAAAUAUGCAAAGAGAUUAAGGUCGUCCAGAGUUAUCUCCCUUCCCCGAGAAAUUGCAUUUCCUUCCGAGAGACUAACUAGAGUGAAAAUGUAUUAACGUGUGAUUAUCCUAAAACAAUAACAUGUGUAAGUAAAGGAAUGCGUUUC